UCGCAAAGCUUGGGGCAUGACGAUUCUUUCAAAAUUUUAUAAAAAACGGCACCAGUUGAUUAAAAUUAGUCAUCAGUGUAUUAUGCCUACUAGGGAUACCACUAUAAAAAUAACGCGUUAACAAUAGUAUUUCAAGGGUGACGAGGAAAGCUAUUGAAAACACAUUUACGCUCCUGAGCUUCGAGCGGCUCGUGGACUUCGCGCGGGAUGGCGAAAUAAAAGAAGAAAUAGCGGUGAACGGAGUCAGUCGAAAAUCGGCUGCAAAGUGGCAUUUUGGCUGCAGAUUCUCAGUACAGAACAUCCUGAACGCAACAUGUUGGUUACUGGUGCAGUGCAAUGUGCCAUUCUACUGUUUAUUGUGUGCAUAAAAUUUAGUACAUUGUGUUUUGCACACAAAUUAAAAUUAACACAAAUUAACAGUGCUACUGAAACAGUGCCCGCUUACACCGUAGCAGGAAAAUAUGAUUUCCUCAAAUCGACAACGUGCGGAGAACAAUUAAAAAUUUUCCGAGAUGCUGUCGAUCAACGGUUACUAUGGAGCUUAAAAGAAGCAACGACUAUCAUUAAGAAUUGUGAAAGAAAUAUAGUAUAUAGCAUGAAUACAAGGAGACGCAAGUUAUUAUUGCUGUGUGCAAGUUUAUGUUAUCUGUCUGCCGAGUUAUUACAAUUUAUUAAAUUAAAUCGUUCCACAAGAAGAUGGUGGGUUCGACCAAUAAAUCGUCCACGUGAUGAUUUUGGUCAUUUCCAUAAUCUGUUUUCUUAUAUGAAAGAAGAAGAUCAUGAAGAAUUCUUCGAAUUUACGAGAAUGGUACCAAGUCAAUUUAAUAAGUUGUGUGAUAUGGUGCGUCCUUUCCUUUUAAAAAGAUCUAUUCGCCCCAGUCUGUCCGUUGAAUUGCGUGUGGCCGUGACUUUAUCAUAUCUUGCUCAUGGUUCUAGCCUGCGAAUUCAAGCAUGGGAGUUUCGUAUUGGGCGUUCAACUAUUUAUAAAAUAGUUCCUGAAGUUUGUAAUGUUAUUUGGCAAGCUCUUCAGUCAACUUAUUUACCAGCACUGAGGAAAAAUCAAUGGGGACAUGUGGCUAAAGAAUACGAAGAGAUGUGGCAGUUUCCAAAUUUACUUGGUGCUGUUGACGGCAAACAUAUUCGGAUUAAAGCACCCAUCAAUUCUGGAUCUUUAUAUUUUAAUUAUAAAAAAUAUUUUAGCAUAGUCCUUCUCGCUGCUUGUGAUGCCAAAUAUCGUUUCACAUGGGUAGAUAUUGGACAAUAUGGUUCAGUCAGUGAUGGAGGUGUAUGGAAUAAUACAGAUUUUGCCGAAGCUUUAGAAAAAGGAUUGGUCGAUAUACCUCCUCUAAAAAAUUUGCCAAAUACAAAUAUUAUAACGCAUUAUGCUUUUGUUGGUGAUGAAGCGUUCCCUCUAAAAUUAUACAUGUUACGUCCAUAUUCAAAAGACAAUUUGACAGAUGCACAACGUAUUUUUAACUAUCGUCUGAGUCGUGUAAGGCGAGUGAUUGAAAACGCUUUUGGAAUUUUAACAGCAAGAUGGCAGAUUCUUCUGAACACAAUAUGUCUUAAUCCUGAAAAUGCUACUGCUGUUGUCAAAGCUUUAGUAUGUUUACACAAUUUUAUAAUGAUCACAGACGAAGAAAUGAAUAAUGCGCCUAAUACGCGAUUGUACUGUCCUCCUAAUUUUGUGGAUAAUAUGGAUAAUGAAAAUGGAGAGUGGCGUAACAUAAGAAGAGAUAAUGUUGUUCUUGCCGAUCUAACACGUUUGGGAAGCAAUAAUGCAUCACGAAGAGCAACAGAACAACGCAAUAUUUUAAAAGACUAUUUCCUCUCACCUAUUGGAGAAGCACAGGCACCAUGGCAGUAUAAUCGUGCUUUUCGAGGAAUAAAUAUUAAUUUGCCAGAAUAAUAUGUACCUUAUGAAGGAAUAAACUUUUAUUGUGUGCAGUG